CCAUGAAGAUGGCUUCUCUGGAGAAGAUGUGAAGCAGUACAAGCCUGUUGUCUACAGCAACACCAUCCAGUCUCUGGCAGCCAUUGUUCGGGCCAUGGACACUCUGGGCGUUGAAUAUGCAGAGCCACUCUGUGCCCAGGCAGGACAAUCUGUCUCUCCUUUGGCUUCAUUGGGUCGCAUGGAAGAUACCGAGCCCUUCUCUACAGAGCUACUUUCUGCCAUGAUGCGACUCUGGGGUGACUCAGGGAUCCAAGAGUGCUUCAACCGGUCUCGGGAGUAUCAGCUCAAUGACUCUGCCAAAUACUACCUGGACAGCCUGGAUCGGAUUGGGGCUACUGACUACCAGCCCACCGAGCAGGAUAUCCUCCGAACCAGGGUCAAAACCACCGGCAUCGUAGAAACCCACUUCACAUUCAAGAACCUCCACUUCAGGCUGUUCGACGUCGGGGGCCAGCGAUCUGAGCGCAAGAAGUGGAUCCACUGCUUCGAGGACGUCACGGCCAUCAUCUUCUGCGUCGCGCUUAGCGGCUAUGACCAGGUGCUCCACGAAGAUGAAACCACGAACCGCAUGCAUGAAUCACUGAAGCUUUUUGACAGCAUCUGCAACAACAAGUGGUUCACAGACACAUCCGUCAUCCUGUUUCUCAACAAGAAGGACAUAUUUGAAGAGAAGAUCAAGAAGUCCCCACUGACCAUCUGCUUUCCAGAAUACACAGGCCCCAGUGCCUUCACGGAAGCCGUGGCUUACAUCCAGGCACAGUAUGAGAGCAAGAACAAGUCAGCCCACAAGGAGAUCUAUACUCACGUUACCUGUGCCACGGACACCAACAACAUCGAGUUUGUCUUUGACGCUGUGACAGACGUCAUCAUCGCCAAAAACCUGCGGGGCUGUGGACUCUACUGAGCCCCAGCCCCCGCUCAUCAGCCCAUGCCCUACUCAGCCCACUGCCCAUUCCUCCUCUGGAAGCAGAGCUCUGCCACUUCUCAGACCACUCUGUGCACUGAAGAAGAGCCUAGAGCUGGCCCUGGGGAACCGGGUUGAGGGGGGUGGGGGGAGCAUCCUGUACACACCUAUACCUCCACUCCUCCAAAAGCAGGACAUGUGGUAACAGGGGCCAAGUGGGGGUGCUGAGCACCAAGCACCACAAGGCAGGAGACAACCUGCCACUCACUGGCCUCUGCUUCAUUUCUAAGUGUUGUAGUCAACAGUGGGGGGUGGGUACCAGAGUGGCACAGUCUCCAUUUGGUCCAGAAUGGGCAUGUCAUGCCCUCUGUGACUCAUACUCAAAGUCCUGGGGUCUCUUUCUAUCAUCUAGGGUAUAUAGGUGGCAAAAGGCCCUGCGACAGGGUGCUGGUGGCUUGGAACAGUAGAAGCCGUCUCUCAGCUUUGCCUGCAGUCUCUGUGGUCAAGGGCAGUUCCGUCACCAAAAAAUAGGCCAACUUUGUGAGUUGAGAGGGUUCAGGCACUGGAUCUCAGCCCCCCUUCUUUGGCCAUCCUCUCUUGUCUGUUGCUGUUCACAGGAACCCCAGCCCUGAUUCCCCGUAGGCCUGGAAAUGCUCCUGAAACUGGUUGGCUGUGAAG